UCUGUCUGUUGGUAUGUACAGGGGAAACUCUGCAUUGCCGCAGGUGACGCUCACCUAAAGCUCUCUCGUCGACUGAAUUCAGAGAGAGGAGAGAGUCCAGAGCAGUACAAGGUGUUCCGAAAGCGGCAACUGAACAACUGUGGCAUUUUAAUGCGCAGCAAACCGGAUGCUAUCUCUCUCACGUCCACCUGGAGAUUUGCUGCAUUCGCGGUGAUAUGAGCGUGACUACCGGACGCUGAGCAGCGGAAUCCCUCAUUGCUCUCUUUCUUCCUCUCUCUCUCUCUCUCUCUCUCUCUCUCUCGCUCUUUCUCUUUUCUUUCAAUCUCUCCCUCUCUCUCUUUCUUUGCGGGUUCACUACACAGGCUACCCGCCAGUUAGCCGUUUCAGCACGUUUCAGAACCAGUACAAUGGAGCGGCUCAGAUUCAGCACCUUGGACAGCGCAGGACUUCUGCUACGUUUGUUCGGGAUCCUGGCCCGGUUGACCGUGACGGCUGAGCAGGAGGGAGAGAAUCUCUCCGGUCUGUCCACCAACCCAGACAAAGACAUCUUCGUGGUCCGGGAGAACGGGACCACCUGCCUCAUGGUCGAGUUCGCUGUCCGCUUCACGGUCCCCUUCGACGUCCUCGCGAUCAACGGGAUAGACCUCAUCACGGAGAAUGCGUAUCUGGCUCUGCCUCGCGGGGCAGACAUUGAAGGGAAAUGCGGGAGCCAGGACGCCGAUAUACACAUCUCGUGGAAGGAUAAGGCCUACACACUCCGCAUCAACUUCGUCAAGGAAACCCGUGACAAGGGAGAUGAGGUGUGGAAGAUUAGCAAAUUGCAGUUUGUUUAUGACACCUCGGAGAAAACGCAUUUCAUCAACCCAUACAACCCUGGGAAGCACACAGCCAGCUCCCACGGUCUGUCAGCGUUAGUGACCCCCGCUGGCCGCUCGUAUGUCUGCGAGGCUAAGCAGACACUCACCCUCAUCUCCAGUGACCACCAGAAGGGAGUGACUGUCGCCAUGAGUGACAUUCAGAUCCAGCCCUUCGACAUCAACUCAGACUUCAUGUUCAGUGAAGCCUAUAAGUGCAUCACGGACCAGCGGGAACAGCUGGAGGAGACUCUUCCUCUGAUCCUGGGUUUCAUCCUGGGCCUCAUCAUCGUCAUCACGCUGUCCGUCUACCACUUCCACCUCAAACUGACCGCUGUCACCCAGCCACAGCUGCCCCGCGACCGGUCCAUGUACAAGAACAUGUAAGGAACUGGACAUUAAAACAAACACUAUAUGACAACUCUCCAUGGUCAAGGAUAGUACAGUAGAACAACACUCCAAGGCUCCCCAUGUUCAAGAGCAUCUAAGGAAUCAAACAUUAGAUCAACAUCAUCACAAUGACUCUCCAUGUACAAGGUAAUGGGACAUUGAAACAAGCACAACAUGAUGUUCAAGACAUGUAAGGAAUCAGACAUUACAAAUCACUACGACUCUCCAUGUUCAAGGAUAUAGGACAUUAAAAACAAGACGACAUGACUACUCUCCAUUCAAGGAUAUAAAAAAAGGUACUAGACUACGAUUAUAACCACAACGCUCCUGCCUCUCCAAAGUCAAACCAAUGUGACUUCCCCUGCUCUGAACUCCCCAUAUAUUGGAGAGUAGGCCAUAACUUUAUGGAGGCCUAACUUGCGAUAUGGCUAACUUGAGAUACCCCUGUGUGUUCUGUUGUUUAUAUGUCCAGAAAUCGCUGUUUUAUCGAGAAGCCUGCGCUUUUGUCGUCACCCCCCCCCCCCCCCCCACCCCCCCAUCACUUGUCUCUGUCUUUUCUGUAAACGCACUGCAAAAGAAACCUCGCAGGUAGCAGGUCCAGCUGAAGUUUUUACUUUCCUAACUAACUCCAGUUUUUACUUUUUGUUUUAGAAUGCAAUCAUCGUGGUGAAAGUGGACAGUGUUGUGGUGUGUGUGUACACUGUGCAGGUGUCUCAAUGAACUUCAGAAAUCAUGAAAAAUAAAUCAUUACAGUAAUACUUUACUUUGGUAUGACGGAUCGUUUUCCAGAUCUGACUUUAUGGAAUCAUAUCAAGAAAAAAAUAAAUGAAACGUAAAUAAAACAAAGGAAAACAUGGUCUGUAAAAACGUGCCCUCCCCCCCCCCAAAAAAAAAUAUUUAAUACAUUUAUCUCAUAUCAGAAUGUCAGAAGAAGAACGUUUAUCAUUGUGAAAGAAAUGUGCACAGAUAUUUAAGAUUUAAAAAGAAUAAAUGUACACUAUUUUCAGAAAGACUACGCAUAGAAAACUAUGCUGUUGCUACUUUAAUGUUCACUGAAAUAAAUUUUACAGGAGACAUCCUAA